AUGAUUUAUAAAUAUGAAAAUUGGUAUAAAAAAGUUGACUUUGCUGCUAAAAUAGGGAGAAUUGAUCUAAUUAAAUUAUUAACUCAAUUAAAUGAAAAAAGAACAGAAAAAGCAGUUGAUUUUGCUGCAGAAAAUGGACAUCUUGAAGUACUUAAAUAUUUACAUUCAAUAGGAUAUAAAGGUACAUAUCGUGCAAUUGAUUAUGCUGCAAGAAAAAGACAUCUUGAAGUAAUUGAAUAUUUACAUUCAAUAGGAUAUAAAGGUACAGAUCGUGCAAUUGAUUAUGCUGUUCAAAAUGGUCACCUUGAAGUACUAAAAUAUUUACAUUCAAUAGGAUAUAAAGGUGCAGAAGAUGCAAUUAAUAAUGCUGUAGGAAGAGGACAUCUUGAAGUACUUAAAUAUUUACAUUCAAUAGGAUAUAAAGGUACAUAUUGGGCAAUUGAUUAUGCUGCAAUGAAUGGUUAUCUUGAAGUAAUUAAAUAUUUACAUUCAAUAGGAUAUAAAGGUACAGAAGAUGCAAUUAAUAAUGCUGUAGGAAGAGGACAUCUUGAAGUACUUAAAUAUUUACAUUCAAUAGGAUAUAAAGGUACAGAUCGUGCAAUUGAUUAUGCUGUUCAAAAUGGUCACCUUGAAGUACUAAAAUAUUUACAUUCAAUAGGAUAUAAAGGUGCAGAUUGGGCAAUUGAUUAUACUGCAGAAAAAGGUCACCUUGAAGUAAUUAAAUAUUUACAUUCUAUAGGAUAUAUAGGAACAGUUUGUGCAAUUAAUUAUGCUGCAGGAAGAGGACAUCUUGAAGUACUUAAAUAUUUACAUUCAAUAGGAUAUAAAGGUGCAGAUUGGGCAAUUGAUUAUGCUGUUCAAAAUGGUCACCUUGAAGUACUUGAAUAUUUACAUUCAAUAGGAUAA